GAAGGAGGGGGAGGCUUGCGGAUCGGGCUCCUCCUCUCCCCUCCCCCCGAACUCCCGUGUCGGAACUGAAGUCUGGCAUCUGGCCGAGGAUGCUUAGUCUCGAGUCCGAGGUGCCGCGCGCGGGUGGUGACUGUGUGUAUGUGUGUGCGUGUUGCUACCCGCGGGAGUUGAUGGGAGUUCUGUGCACCCGUCGCUGUCGGAGCGAGGUGUUUUGGACCAAGUCAUCGUCGUCGUCGUCAUCAUCAUCAUCGAUGUCAGCGAAGUAACGUCGAGCCGUGUGUAGGUUUGUUUGUGUGAAAAAGUUUGGCACUUGGCAGUCGGUGCUCUUGUUUCUCUCACAUCAUUCUGGGUCGACCACAUGAGGUGGAAGUGCGCAAAAGAUGCUGGAUUCUCUCUGCGGAUAUGUCUUCAAAGUGUUGAAAGUGUUUGAGCGUAAAUGUCCUUGCCCCUCCUACUGCUAUCCCCAUUCCCCCUUGUUACUAUCCUUGACAGGGGCACGUGAUUCUUCGACCGACUCUUGGUAAAGGCGCGCCAGUCUUGGGAUGAUCUGGGGGCCACGUUUUCCAGGACAGACCGGAAGUGCAUCGUUGGACUAGGGAGUACAGAAGAUUCAAGAGGACGCCCCGUUUGAUUCAUGGAAUCGUGGGACUUGCAAGAGCUGCACGGCGAUUUCUCUGGCGGGAGUGGCGCGGUCCAGAUGUGUCUAGUUUUGUCCUCAUGUGGUUGCAGCUGGAGCAGCAGUAGUUGUCGCUGUGUCUGACGAACUUCUUGUCCAGCCUCCGGCGCUAUCGAGACCGACAAGCAUUCACGCGGAGCCUCAUCGGGACACCAAGUCGAGAUCGGAAGCUUGGCCUCGUACGCUCUUGCGUGUCCUCAGUGUAUACGGGAAGUUCGACAAGACGGGGUAGCAUGCAGCAGAAGUAUGCCUGCGUCCGCUACCUGCACACCCGGAUCACCGUGUAUCAAGCCUGCAAGAUCGACCUGCGCUACUGCAAAGCGCUGCACAGCUGCAUCACUUGCAACCUGCUGCACACGGUGGGCCUGUCUUGCGCUGCCAUCCACUAUGGCUUCUGCACCGCAGUCACCGCCGUCUCCGACCUCGAUCUCAAGGACGGCAAGGUCCCAGCCUUGGCAUCCUCCUCCUCCUCCUCUUCCGCCGGUGCUGCCCAGCGACCUAAACCUGUCGUUCGUAAUACCAGCCCUCCCGCACCCGUCGUCAGCCUCUCUGAUGGCGAAGAGGUCGUUGCAGGAAGAACGGGCAAGUGGGGCAAGCUGCGGGGAACGGCCCUGCCCGCUGUUCUUCCCACCAGAGUGGGCAGUGGGCCGAACACUGUGCCCUCAGGUGCCGCCGCCGAAAGGAAGCUGCCCGCGCCGGCCGAGGUCGUGGUGGUGGUCCCGACGCUCAGGCCAGGGGUCAAGUCCGCGGUCACGGCGAUGCCGGACCCGCUGACGGAAGUAGACGGGGAGCCGUGUCCAGCAUUCCCCGUGUCUCUGGAGGAUCAGUUGACAGUUCCAAAUGGGGGUCAGAGAGGGGACACACCACAUCAUGGAGUGCUCCGGGAGAAGGAGACACACCCUCGAGAGAGAGAACUGCUUUCAGAUCUUUCCCACAAAGACAGCAGAACAUCAGCAAGGUCAGCUCCAGGGGUGUCUUCACCAUCUUCACCAGUUAUACCAUCAAAAUCAUUCACAUCGUUGGCCAACAUCGAAGACAAGGAAAAUAAGCCUAAAUUAAAGGACUUGUCAGUGUCUCGCGUACCACCUGCACUUCGAGAGGACAUCCCACAGUUCUUCUUUCCUUUGGGAAAACCACAAGCCCCCUUGGAUUUGGAUGGUCUGAUGCAGAGGGUUGCAGCAGAGUUUUCCUCUUUUGAGGGUGGAAAAGCCUAUAAGGAGCAGAUGGGUCGUCUGACAAAGGUCUGUGGCUUCCCACUGUAUUGGAAAAUAUUAUUAUAUCGUGCAGCAGGGGGAGACAAGCAAGGUUUUGUUACCCUGCAGACUUUUUCUGCAAUGUUGAAAAAGCUUUUGUCAUCGUGUCAUGAUGAAGCAUCAAGAUUCCUUCGGCUGAUGGCCAAGCCAGGGCGAUCAACGCUCGAUUUUGAUGACUUUUUACCGUUAGUACAGGAUGUUGUAGAUUGCCACCCAGGUCUUUCAUUCCUACAGGAUGCUCCGGAGUUCCAUUCACGCUACAUUCACACUGUGAUCUCUCGGAUAUUUUUUUGUGUCAACCGGUCAUGGACGGGUCGAAUAACAUUACCAGAGCUCAGGAAAAGCAACUUUCUACAGGUAUUAUCCAUCUUGGAAGAAGAGGAGGACAUUAACCAAGUGACAGAGUAUUUUUCCUAUGAACAUUUCUAUGUUAUCUACUGUAAGUUCUGGGAGCUGGAUAAGGAUCAUGACCUUUUCAUCGACAGAGCUGACCUAGCCAGACACAAUGACCAUGUUCUCAAUUCAAGAAUCAUUGACAGAAUAUUUUCUGGCGCAGUUACGAGGGGGAAAGACUUUCAGGAGGGUCGCAUGUCCUACAAAGAAUUUGUGUGGUUCUUGAUCUCCGAGGAGGACAAAAAGCAUCCUACAAGCAUUGAGUAUUGGUUUCGCUGUAUGGACUUGGAUGGAGAUGGUGUGAUCUCAAUGUAUGAGAUGGAAUACUUCUAUCAGGAACAGAUGCAGAAGAUGGAAGCCUUAGGCAUUGAAAAGCUCCCUUUUGAAGACUGCUUGUGUCAGAUGUUUGAUUUGGUGCGUCCAAGAGAGGCAGAGACAAUAACUCUUGGGGACCUCAAGAAUUGCCGCAUGGCAAAUAUCUUCUUUGACACAUUCUUCAACCUUGACAAGUUCCUAGAGCAUGAACAGAGAGAUCCUUUUGCCAACGCAAGGGAUUUGGAUGCAGCAGGAAAUGAAGUGUCAGAUUGGGAUCGCUAUGCAGCAGAAGAGUAUGAUAUUCUUGUGGCAGAGGAAGGUGUCAAUGAACAUGAGGAAAUAGAUAUAAGCUAGCGCAGUACCCAACAAGCCAGCUGGACUGAACUAUGUCUGUAGGUUGGUGAUCAAAGCUUGUUUUGUACUCUUGAUGGAUUGGUUGUGUUCUUACAUGGGGGAAUCUCUUCAUAAAGUCCUAGCUUUCAGUAAAUUUUUUAAAGAAAUUUGUUGUGACUGAUUUUUUUUAUAGCCAAUAAUCCUUCUUGGAGAAGAAAUUUCUCAAGUAUUGAAGAGUUUGUAAUGUAUAGAUCCCACAGUAUCUUACAGAAAUUUACUAUUAAAGACAUACAUAAAGUUUGUAAUUUUGAAGAUGUUUUCUUCUUCUCACUUUCUCUACCUCUUCAUACUUUUUGUUGUUGAUCUUUAGGUUCGUUGUGUCAUUUUACAGUGUGGUGGAUACAUAGAAAAAGGGAAAGAAGCUUAAUACUUAGUACAACUGUUACAAUGUUAUGGUUGGACGAUGUUAUGGUUGGAUCCUUAUCCCCACUUUAAGUCUGCAUGUUGAAAUUCACAUUAAGUCUACAUUAAAGACCAGCCAAGCAAGUAAAAUCGGUUAUUGGUUAUUUACAGCAGCCCCUCAGGCCAUUGAUGAAUUGAUUUUAUUCUCUUAAACUAAUGCAUUUUAAGCCUCCCUCUGGCUGUGUGGUCCUCAGCUUUGGAAAAGAGAGGCAUAAGCUCUGUUCUCACUGAUAGCAGUGGCUGAAAAAAUUCCCUUGUCACCUUGCAGUGACUACGUGCUUAAUCAUUCAGAUUUUAAAAAAGCCACAGAAGGAGAACAUUGGGCCUUUCUUGCACAUGCUGUAUCCUAGACAUGGUAACCCACUUCAUGGACCCAGUAGUGAUGAGUGUGUGUGUUUUAGUUUCUCACCUUUCUGAAGGCUUGCGGCUUACCAUUUUAAAGCAUCAAAACAUUAUUCAUUAUGAAGAGGUUUCCCUUAGUGUUGAGUUGCCAAACUGGCAUCUGUUGGGGGAAAAAAAGUUCCAUAAAACAAGCCCUCCAAUUUAUAUUUCUGCAACAAUUAGUUCAUCAUUACAUUGUUAUGUACUACAUAUAUUUUUGUAGAUCUUUUCACUCCACACAAUGUGUCACCCUCAUCCAAGAGACAAAGUACGUUUUUCACAAAGUUGAUUCUUUAUUCAUAUCAUCGUAAUGCUGUAUUGUGUGGCAUACUGUUUUUUGCAGGUUUGUACAGACAGUAACUGAUCCACUUGUUUGUGUAGGUGUUUGUAUGCAUGGAAAGCAUGUACUGAUCCGUUUUGGAUCCAUCAGCCUCCAUAAUUUUUUAGAUGUUAGAUCAGUUAAAUAUGUUAAAGAGAAGUUAAAACCUGUAAGAAGAAUUUUCUUAAAUAACUUAGAUUUUUAAUAAGUUGACAUAACUGUACAGCUCAGAAAUAGAUGUCAUUAAUGUAUAGCAGUAUAAAUCAAACAUGAUCAUAUCAUCUUGUGUUUAGUCAUCAUGUUUUUCUUUUUCUUUUUUUCUCAUCUUUUUCCACUUUGCCUUUCUGACUGUGUCUUGAUUUCUAGCAAUAAAGUUUUAGUCUAGUUUUGAAAAAAUUAUAAAUGAAUUACAAUUGAACGAAACUUUGCAAGGCAAGGAAGAUUUUCAUUGUAAAAGAAGCCCAAAGAUCGCCUAUCAUUCAUAUAGCAUAUCAGAUGGAGACGUUAUCUGCCCUUGAGAUUCCUCUUAUGACAGUUGGAUCGAUUGAAUGUCCUCAAAAACGAGCUUUUCAGCAGUUUCUGCCCAGGGUUCAUCAGUCACAUUGGUCGGCUCUUUUCAUGCCUUCUCAAAUGGGGUUAGAGAACUACAGCCAGACUGAUGAUACAGAAAAGCAUCUAAUUGACUUCAUUAUCACUGAUUUUUGAUCCCUUUAAUCAUCAGCAGCCCAGCAUACAAACACACUGAACCAAUCACAUUGGAGCCACUUUUCUACUUCUGUCCUAGAAAAACAUCAGGGCCACUCACUCUAAAUAGCCUCUGUGGUUUAAUUCACUUGUCCUUAGCCAUCAGGUGUUGAUGUAUUGCUCAGUGACUCAUCUGCGACUCCGUUCAUUUGCAUCUUCAUCCAUGCUUUCACACGUAUUCAUCAGUGCAUCUGUCAUUAAUUUUUGCCUUUUUCUAAUUCCCAUUGUAAAUAAAACAUUGUUUGCUGCUUUUUUUCCUCAAAAAUCAUUAGCACAAAUCAUGCUGCAUUGUGCACACCUGUUGUCUAGUGAAUACAUUAGUUACAACUUAAGCAACAUUAUUGUUGUGAAAGUGGUUGUAAACUGAUGUUUUUAUUUAAUUAAUUUUUUUGGCACAUGUGCUUGCUGUUUGUUGUUGUUUUGGUUAGCAUUUAGCUAGGUUGUGAUACUUAAGCACUUCGUGAAAAUUUUUUUUAAAAUCAUGGCUUUGCACUCAUAGGCACUCUUUCCUGCAGUUGUUAUUGCAGCUAUGCCACCUACAAAACAGGGCAAAUUUGUUUUUUAUUAAGCAUAAUUUUAGUGUCAGUAUUGGCAGCCACAUUGGCAUUGGGAACUCGUAUAUAUUUAAAAGCUAUGUUAGUUUUAAACAGCCAGGUUAAGUACCUUGAUGUGACAUUUUAACUGCAUCUAUGAAGUAGGGGUUUGUAAAGCACAUUGCAGCAGGACUGCAGUAAGUAGUGCUUGGCAUGCAUGCAGCAUGCAGGGAUUUUUUUUUUUUCAAAUAGACAAGGUUACAGCAGUCAGGGACAAAUCCAGUGGUGGGAAAGGAUGGGUGUGCAUUGUGAGUGUCUUGUCUUUGCAUUUACUUUACCACUAGUGUUUGUUCUUCAGAGCCUUGAAAUUGUUGGAGUUUGAACACAGCAGGUGCUUGUUGUGGUUCAGCAUAUUUCAGUUUGUUACAUAUUUUGUUGUUUUAUUAAACUUGAAGUUAUUUUUACAGAUUUGGUGGUCCUUAACCCCAUUAAUUUAUUCUUAAUUAUCAUUAUAAUCUUUCUUAAUUUUACUUUGCAUCUUAAACCAUUUUUUUAGCUGUCACUUUGGAUUCUUUGUGUGACUGUAUAUGGGCAUAGAUAUGUAUGUGCAUUCCAGGGGGGGAGAGGAAGAGAGAGAAAACUGUAAGGGAGACAAUAUAGAUGGGAUGUAUAGACUGAUGUUUAACUCAUAGAAGAUAUAUUUGAAAUAAAGUUUUAAUAUUUCAUGCACAGUUUAUUGCCAGAUGCUAGUAUAUCAUUUCCAGAUUUUAACAUGUUUGCUUGUUAAAAUUUUGGGAUAAUAAACAUUUUAUUUAACAAAUAAAAACAUACAACAGUGAUUUUGCAUUAAAUGAUCAGUAUUUGAAUUAUUCUGACAUGAAACUUUAGUUUAUUGAAAGUUUUACAUUGUAUUCAAUAUUUUUUUAACUAUCUGAACCAUUUUCUUUCUGCGGCUUAAAAGAAUAUUUAGAAAAAGUUAUCUGCUAUUUGUUAAAAUAAAGAUGUAACUGGAGUCACAAUGAAGAUGGUUUUUUUAAAUAGAAAGUGACUUGUGUUUUUGUUAUAUUUGCAGCUGCAUAUAACAUUUGAGUAAGCAUUGACUUGCACUGGGAAUCUUUUAUGG